AUGGCCUUCAGCGUGGUCGUUGGCUUGGGCUCGGGCACAGGCCGGCAUGACUACAACCUCAAGCUCAACGCCUUAGGUAGCCUGAUGUGGCUGCAGUGCAAGCCCUGCAAUGCCAAGCAGCCACAAUGCGCCCCCAUGUUCGAACCAAAGGCCUCGUCCACCUUCCAACAGGUUGCCGGCACGAGCCAGAUUUGCCACCUGCCGUACCCCAUGGAGCCCGCUGGCAGCAGUGCGCCUUACACCUAUCCGUACUACGUGAGCCUCAUGGGCAUCAGCCUGGACGCAAAUAGGCUCACGGGGAUCAGGCAGGAGAUGUUCGCCUGGCGGCGCGGUGGUCAGGGCGGGUGCAUGGUCGACCCCGGCACGCCGCUGACGGUGCUGGUCCGGGAGGCGUACCACGUCGUGGAAGAGCCCAUGUGGGGUGACCUCCAGCGGAACAGGACGGAGCGCAUGCAGCGGCAGGGCUACGGGUUGUGCGUCCGCAAGACCACGGAGAUCAAGUGGCACCUCUGGUAUUUGUCCUUCCAUUUCACAGAGGAGAAGGCGAGGCCGGUCGUCAUGCCGGAGCAGCUGUUCACAAUGGUGGAGGGCAAGCUCCACGGGGCCACCCUGUGCCUUGCCAUGAGCCCAGGUGAGUGGACGGUCAUCGGCGCGCUACAGCAGGUGGACACAAGGUUCGUCUACGACCUCAAGGAUGCCAAACUGUCCUUUGUGUCAGAGCCGUGCUCUCAGGACACCGCCGGUGUGGAUUAA